AUAAAAUAUCAACAACCCUAGCUUCCACUUCAAGAGGAUUUAUUUUUACCUCUGCGCUUUAUCAAGUAAACAAUGUCUGGCGUCGACGUUUUCACUCUCAAGCACAACGACAAAAUAGCCACAGGGAACGGUAUUCAACUGAACGACUUCUGCCGGCUGUGUUUGCGGUGCUGUGGCCAGUCACGAAUGCAACUAUUGAAGGCGAAUUCGGCCAACUUUGGUUGCGAAAGCGUUUCCUAUCCGGAUAUGCUCACCUACGUGUACGGUUUGCCCUCGAACCUGUCCACCCAUCUGCCCCAGCGUAUCUGCGAACGGUGCGUGAAGCGUCUGGAGGUUGCCUACCGCAUCUGCCGGGAGUUUAAGGAGAAGGAAUCACUCCUGGAGAGGUUUUACUUUAACGGUUCCGUGCUGAAAGGGCUGAUACAGUAUCAAAACUUCCGAACAGUUCCACGCUCUGGAAAUGAAGAGCAGACACAACAAGUUCAUAACAUUGCCAACGACUCGAACAACUUCGAUCCGCUAUCGCAAGAAGAUCUUUUAAAAAUAGGUCAAUCAUUCGAAGUUAGAGCUGAUGGAUUGUUUCAAUGUACUAUUUGUUUUCAAACGUUGGAAACCCAGCAGGACUGCCAAGAACAUUGCCAGUAUUGCAAGAAAUCAAAUGCCUCUCGGCAAGCACCACAUCGAAGACAAUGUCGGAAGGAUUCCUCAGACACUGCCUCGGCCGACACUAACGCCGGAGAAUUUCCAGAGCUUGAAGUGGUAACGAUCAAAGCGGAACCAAUCGUUUCAGAGCAACUCGAUGAAGCCGACAGUGAUCGAAACGAAACGUCCGACGAGGAGGAUGCCGGUGGGAGCACUUCCAGACGAAGGGGAAGACCACUAAAUAAAUAUGCCGUCGGAGCGGACGGCCUGUUCAAUUGCGAAAUUUGUCCGAAGAAGUUUACCAAACGCAAGCAGUACGCACAACAUAUGGAUGUUCACGAUGCGUUGCAGAUGGGUCGGUAUAGGUGCGAAUUGUGCAACAAACUGUUCCGGAGAGGGUACCAUCUGAACCGACACAUGGAACGCAUUCAUUUAGCCGUUCGGGGUUCGUUGAAGGGUGCCAGGAAAAAUAGGAGGCUAUAGCUGUGCAGUUUCACAACGAAAAAUUGGUAACCAUUUCAAUCGACCAUUUCUGAUCUGGCUGAAACUUUGCCAACGAUGUUGUUUGUGUUACUCCCAUUUCAUAUCAUCUUCAUUUUAAUUAUAGUAACUAGGUUACUAUUCAUCUUAUACAAUUACAUUAAAUUGUUUAUCGUAAAAUAUGAUGAAUGUUACUUUGAAUAUCCCUUUUUUACCAACACAUUUCUCCAGUUAGCUGUUACCAAAAUACAAACGUGAAUCCUAGGAUUUGUGCCUCAGCACACAAACACAGGAAGAAACUCGAAAACAAAAACUAACCCAAAAAGACUAUUAUUUUUCCUCAUUCGAAAUCUACGCGACUAAUUCCGGCUGAUGAUUUACUGCCUAUCGGUUCGGAGAAAUGGCUUAUUUAAGACUCACCUUAGACAGCAAACUUACCUUCAAACCUCGAGUAGACAAAAGUUCAACGAGAUGCAUCCUUGAACAAGCCCAGUCCUCUUGAAAAUGCCUGAAGCUUCUUUUUAAGAUGUACUCUAUAUUAAAAAUCGAAGAAGACAAAGAUAUGAUUUUAGUAUUUCUCUCAAGGUAAAAUGUAAAGUUAUU